AUGAAAUCCACAUUCCUACUCGAAACCCUCCUCUUCACCCUCGCCGCCGCCGGCUCCUGCCCAUACGGCCACGACGACCACAAAUGGCAGAGACCCGGACCAGAAGACAGCCGCUCUCCCUGUCCCGGCCUCAACGUGAUGGCCAACCACGGGUAUCUCCCAAGGUCCGGCAAAAACAUCGACCUGGCCGCCGCGCGGUCCGCCAUAAGCGGCGCCUUCAACUACGAGCCCACCACAAUCGACUUCAUGUUCCAAGCCGCACUAGACUUCAACCUCUCGACAACCGGCAACAGCAGCACAAUCCACCUCUCCGACCUGCGCUGGCACGACACCAUCGAAUUCGACGGCAGCCUAUCCCGCAACGACGCCUACUUCGGCGACAACCUGCACUUUAACCCAGAGAUCUGGGACACCGUCGCGCAGGCCAUGAACCUCUACGACGCCGGGCCGUGCGGGAACGAGACGCUGGUGAGCGUUGAAGUCGCGGCGAGGGCGCGCGCGAUGAGAGUUAAGGAGGCGAUGCGCGUGAAUCCGGCGUUUAAUAACAGCCAAGGUGCGAUGAUUGGGUCUCCUGGCACGACGGCGCUGUAUCUUACGACGUUGUGGGAUGAUGAGCUGGAGGCGGUGCCGAAGAGUUGGGUUAGGGCUUUUUUUGAGGACGAGCGCAUUCCGUAUAUUGAGGGGUAUAGGCCGCCCAAAACGCCGAGGAACGCGACGGAUAUCUUUGAGAUGAACGAGCGGGUUCUUGCUGUGGAAGUUUAG